AUUUUAAGUUCGUCUUACCCACCAACUAGUUUCAUAGCUCAUACUCGAAUCCACCACUUAAUCUUGGUAUGCAGCAAAUUCUAUUUGAUAAUAUUAAAACAGGUGAAACAGUUUACCAUAGAUUUGUACUUGUCCGUGGAAGAGUCUCGGUUGAACGCGAUGGAUGCAUAACAGUCACUCAUAACCAAGGAUCUUUCCCAAGUCAGUCAUGGCCGGUUAACGGGGGUUUCUAUAAGGCGUUAGUUCAUGUUGAACCGGGUGAAAAUGACAUUGAGUUUUGUUUCAAUGAAAGCAAUGGAAAUGUAACAACAAAACAAUCACUCAAGUUGCAUUAUCAGCGCCUCACGAACAAUCCAGUGGUACAGCUUGCUUUUAUGCUUGGAAGAGACUCUCCAGCUACAUUUGAUUGUCCACAAAGCAUGAAAAAUGAUUUGGAUGAAGCCAUGCGAAAACUCCGAUGUGCAGCUUAUCUUUGGCAAGCAUUUACAGCGGAUUGUAUGUAUAGGAACGGUUUUGGCAGAAGAACCUUUCAGCUGGCAGAAACUGUUCAGCCAGAUACAUUGUCUUGCAUGUCACCAUGGGGAACUCAGCGUUUAACAGCAACUGUAAAUGUCUUUAGAGCGGAUAAGACAGCAGAGGAAAUUCGCAGUGUACCUGAUGACGAUCUUUUUGGUAUUGCUAUGGAUACUCUUCAUAAGAACAAUGUUCCCCAACCCUUUUGGUUUGCAUGCAUGUUUUUGGACACGCGAUAUGACUCUUCGUCGGGGAAAAUAAGAGGUCACGUCGCUUUAGGCGGCGGAGCUGGUGAUAGUCAUUUAGGAGUUUUUGGUUCUCAUUCUCUUCAUUCUUUUCCUAGUGCAAUAGAGUACGUUGUUCCCACUUUUAGUGACGACCGUCUAGUUCCAAAAUAUCUUGCGAACGAUGCAAAUGAGAGUUCCACUGUCUGGGAAUGCGCAAAUAUCGGCAUUGGCGCAAUGCUUCAUGAAGUCGGACAUUCGUUAGGUUGUCCACAUCAACCCGAUGGUAUCAUGCUGCGUUCAUACACAGUGUUCAACAGAACAUUCACUACGCAAGAGUUUAAAUGCGUUCGUACUGGUUCCACAGGAUUAAAGCCAGUACUUGAAAAAGACGAAUGCUCAUGGCAUCGCUUAGAUAUGCUGCGAUUUCUCUAUCACCCUUCUUUCAGAUUACCAAAUGACCCAGUUUUUGAUACAAAUGGAGACUUGACGAUAACCCCUCUCAAAGAACGAAUUCAAGUUUCAUGUGCAAGUGGAAUAUAUCUGCUGGAGGUCGAAUACGACAAUUUAACCAGGGGCUGGAAGGAAUUCAAUCCACCCCAAACAAUGAUCGCGUUUUCGGAUAGGGAAUUACGAGAAAUGUCAAACGCUGGUGAUAGAGCGUACAAAGUCCGCAUUCUAUCAUGUAACAACAAAUGCGAAGAACUUAAUGAUAUUUCAAAGACACUGAGUGAUGCAAUUGCUGAAACACCAUAUGGCUCAAUGCAUAAGUCACAAACUUUUGGGCUCAAGGGAACAGGUGGUCAAGAAUUGCCCAGUUUAUUGAUUCCUCCCGAGACUCACAUUACCCACAUUCGCGUAUACUCAGGCAUGGCUCUUGAUGGCAUAGAAUUGACACUUUCAAAUGGACAAAGUCUGAUGUUUGGAAACAGGGGAGGCAGCCCGAAGGAUGUUCCCUUUUCUGGCUCCCGGAUAGUCGGUUUUAAAAUUAGAAGCGGUGCUUGGGUCGACGGCAUUGGCUUCAUUUUUGAGAAUGGUAACGAAAGUCCAUUUUACGGUAAUGAACAAGGCGGCGGUUCAAGAAAUUUUUUGCUUCCCAUCAACUCUGUAUUCAGUGGUUUCUUUGGAAGCGCAGGCCCUUUUUGUGACAGCAUUGGUUUUUACUACCAGUAGAUACACGACAAUUUAGUUUAAUGCAAUAUAUUAUAAAGCUCGUGUUGCAAUCUUCGUUAUAGUAAUAAACAUUCUUUCAUUAAGCAGGUCUACGGG